CACCGCACCCAAAUCGCGUCUCGUCGUGGAAAGGGAGCGGGGCGUUGGGAGCUAUACACAACGAACAAAUCUCUCUCGUCACCACCACCACCACCACCGUCACCGUCCACCGCCACCCCGCUCUCGCUGUCGUCCCCCACCGCUCAUCGCGUCGGAGGGACGCCCAGCCCUUCCCCCACCGCCCCAUCCACUCCGCCGCAGGGGGAAACCCUAGCGGCUUUAGAUCUCCGACCCAGCGCUCCGAUCCGGGCGGCUACCGCCCCGAUUCGGCGUUCUGGCGCCUGAAAUGGCGGCGGAGGUGCCCAACACCGAGCUCGAGGAGCAGCUCAAGGAUAUCGGGACCCGCCUCCAGGAGGCGCCCGACGACUCCCAAGGCCUGCUCAAGCUCCUCGACGAGGUCGAGAUACAUCUGCUGAAGGUGGAGCAAUCACCGCCGAAGAGCACGUUCGUUGCCAUUCGCCCAGUGAUGACUGCACUGGUCAGGGGAGACCUGCUGGCUCACCCUGACGCUGAUGUCAGGCUUGCGAUAGCAUCCUGCAUAUCUGAGGUCACAAGGAUCACUGCACCUGAGGCUCCCUAUGAGGAUGCUGUGAUGAAGAACGUGUUCUCUGUAAUUGUGGAGGCCUUCCGGACCUUAAACGAUAUUGAGAGCCCUUCCUUUGGGAAAAGGGCUUCAAUUCUUGAAACCGUGGCAAAGGUCCGCUCAUGUGUGCUCAUGUUAGAUCUUGAGUUGGAUGAGAUGAUCCGGGAAAUGUUCAGAGACCUCUUCACAACUAUGUCAUUGGACCUCCCAGAAAAUGUCAUGUCAUCUAUGGCGACAACACUGAAACUGAUAGUAGAAGAGAGUGAGGAAAUACAGGCAAACCUUGCAUCAUUUCUUCUCCAAAAGGCUAGAAAAGAAGAGAAGGAGAUAUCUCCAGCAUCUUUUGAACUUGCAGAGAGGGUGCUAAGCAUCUGUGACAAGGAGAAAAUGAAACCUGUAUUCCUGAAGUUACUUCAAGAUCAAGGCACUGCCUUGGAUGAAUACAGCAACAAUUUAACCUUGGUUUGUCAAUACGUAAAGGUGGAAGUUGACAAUGCUGAUGAAGUUGACAAUGCUGAUGAAGUUGACAAUGCUGAUGAAGUUGACAAUGCUGAUCAAGUCGACAAUGCUGAUCAAGUUGACAAUGCUGAUCAAGUCGACAAUGCUGAUCAAGUCGACAAUGCUGAUCAAGUCGACAAUGCUGAUCCUCCUGUGAAGGACACGGUGGAUGAUGGCAAACUUUCUGAAAGGACUAUUUCUGAUGAAUUACCCCAGGAAUCUUCCAAACUGGAGGAAGAUGUCAACCGUCCUGAACAAGAUGGUACUCCGCUUGAUAAUGGUGAGGCUAAUCAAGGACCACCUUCACCAAAAGAGAAGCCUGAACAGUCUCGCAAUACUGAAAACACAAAAGAUGUUGAGCAGUUGAAAUCUGGUAGCAAUGAAGGUACAGAAUCUCCUGAUGCAAAGCCCAAGGAGUCAUCUGAUGUUGAUUCAGACGAAGACCUAAAGCUCAAACCCUGCAAGUCUGUGGCAACUCUGCACUCUAAUGUUGAUGUUGACAAAGAGUUAUCUGCAGACAAAAAGGCAGUUAAUGGAGUAGCUGUUAACGCAGCAAAGCCUGACGAGAGCACACCUGAUGUAGUUAAGCCAAAACGAGGCCGGCCUCCUGGACUGAAGUCAUUGGAGAAGAAGGCUGCUAGAAACAACCAGGCUUCUGGUUUAGCUUCAAAGAAGACCGAGGAGGCUACUGAUUCAGCUGGAAAGUUAAACAAACGAUCAGCUAAGAGUAAUGUCAAAUCUUCCGCCAGAAAGGCGGGUGAAGGAGAAUCAUCAAAGAAGCAGCAAAAGCUCAGCUUGAAACAGCCAAAGGAUGAAACCCUCUCAGAGGAAGACACUGCCAAAGAUCUGACUCUAAAGGAAAUGGUCUCUCCCAAGUCUCUGACCAAGGGUUCAGGCAGAACCAAGGUUCAAAGUGGGGAGAAUAGUGAGCUGAAGAGGAAACGUGAACAAGAUACUGAGGAGACUCCUCGUGCAAGGAAAAACAAAGGUCUGGACGCUAGCCUAGUUGGUGCAAGGAUCAGAGUCUGGUGGCCAGAUGAUGAGAUGUAUUACAAGGGUGUUGUUGACUCAUUCGACACUAAUUCAAAAAGGCACAAGGUUGCGUAUGAUGAUGGAGAUGUAGAGGUACUAUUGCUUAGGGAUGAAAAAUGGGAUUUCAUCAGUGAGACUGAGGAACAAAGCAAAACUCCUGUUGUGCCAUCUGAGACGCGGCGUGGCAGGAAAGGGAGAGGAACCUCGGUGCAGCCAGUGAAGGAAGAAAAAACAGAAACACCUAAAAGUGAAGGAGGGGAGCUUCCAAAGAAAAGGGGCCGUCCUAAAGGUUGGCGUCCAAACAAUGCUGGAACACCGUCUUCUGCAACUGCAAGUAAAUCUAAGGGGAAAACUGCUAUCAAGGAGGCCAAAGGGACACCUAAAACUGGAGGUGAUCUUAAGCAGGAAGGUGAAAAGGGUGCCAAAGACAAAGCCACUCGAUCAGCUGACAAGCCAAAGGGUGAUUUGGCUAAAGACAGCAGCAACCAGAGUGGCAGCAAACCAAAGGAAGUUGGUAGCAAGGGAAAGGAUUCAAAAGAUGAAAGCAAAUCUGCUGAUGCACCUGUGAGAGGUAGGCCUGGUCGGAAACCAAAAUCUCCUGCGACUCCUGUGGCUGGUGGUGGAUCUUCUGUGAAAGAGAAGCGGAAGGAGAAAGAAGAGGAGGCACCUGAAAUGGAGCAGGAAGCAUCAACUGGAAAGAAGCGCAGGAGGAAGGCUUAAACUUUGCUGGCCCGUGUACAUCUCUUGUAAAUGGGUUUGCUCUCUCUUAGUCUCAUUAUCGGUGUUUGGACAUUGCGCCGUGUAUGGAUUGUAACUCCUUGGUCGUCGGUUACCUAUUGAAUUGUGUGCUGAUUGGGCAUCAUGUUGUAGCUAGGUAGCUGUAGCCAGAAAAAUUUCAGUAGCUGUAAUGUUAGGCGUAACUUGUUGUUGGAUGUUAAUGUUGUGUCAGAUGCUGUUGUAGCCAGUUUAUUGAUGUUCUAUUAUAUAUAGGCUAUUUUAUCAUUAAA